UUCUUGCUCUCUCUCUCUAGCCCAAAUUCCCAAUGAAUACAAGACUACGCAUUCCCCACCCGUCCCUCUAACCCUCCUUUAUUUCCAUCUCUAUCAAAUUUAUUUCAUCAAUAAAUUCGCCGGAAACCACCACUCACCGCCGUUACCGCCGCCAAUGUAAAAAAAACAAAAAAAACUUUAUAUAUACUUCAUUCCUAUUCCAUUACAAUUAUCCUCAAAUGGGUUCUUGUUUUAGCACCGAAGCUAACUCAUCUCUCAAGAAUCACAAAAAACUCCGUUCCAAUUUGCUCGUCCCGCCGCCGCCAACGCCGCCGCCGCCAGAGGAAGAGACCGUUAAAGAAGUUCUAUCCGAGACUCCCAAAUCGAAGCCUCAAAUCCCGAAGCUUGAACGCGAAUGGAGCAAACGGGUAACCCGACCCGAUAUGGUUAAGACCCGAGAACAGCCAAUCGCAGAGGACGAAGUUUCUGACAUGUCCGGUAUCAGCCAGGUCUCUUCCACUGUAACGGCGGCCACAACUGAAAAAGGCGGCGAGGUCCUUCGCAGGUCGACGUCGUCAAAGUCGCGAAGAAGUGAAUUUAACGGCGAGAUUAAGUCGCCGCCGCCGCCCCAGCAGAAGUUCAGAAACAAUUCAUUUUCCGACGUCGUAAAAGAUAGGAACAUGACUGUUCAUAAAUCUCCGAGUCGGAGAUACGACCCAUCGCCGCCGGUGAGGAGAUCCGAUCCAUCACCUGGUCGAGUCAGGCAGAAUCUUGGACAGAGGAAAGACCCAGGAGAAAUAUCUGGUGGUCGGAGAUCAAAUUCUCCGGCGAUGGUGGUCGAGAACGGGUGCGGGAGGACGGUUUUGGGUCGAAGUCUUUCGGGUAGAAAAACCGGACCUUCACCUGGUCGGGUCAGAUCCGAACAAUCUGGUAGAUUCAGAAAAAUGGGUGGUGAUGUUACAGAUAGGGAAGAGAAGUGGCCGGCGGCAAUGCAGCCGCCGCCGGCGAAGGAGUCGCUGGAGAAUCCGUUAGUGUCCCUUGAAUGUUUCAUUUUCCUCUAAUUUGAAG